UGAUUGACGGCGAACAUGUCGGGGGAGUUCCCACCAUCACCGCCACCUUCAUCAUCUUCCUCCUCCUCGUCGCCUUGAAACCAGGGGAGUUAUUUUUUUUUCUGGUGGGGAGGGGGGGAGCGAUUUUUUAGCCUCCACGUCGUCGUCGUCCAGCCGGCCGCCAUCCCCGCAUCACCGUGCGCUCUUUUCCCUUCCAUCAUCACCACCUUGACGAGGCAUCAUAAUCUUCCUCCUCCUCCUCGUCAGCAGCAGGACGAGCAGCAGCAGCAGCAGCAGCGAUGGAACCGCUAACGCCGCCGCCGCCGCACCUCUUUGCACCUAUGCGGACAUAAAAACAAACAACGAUUAAAAAUUAGGAAAAAAAAAAACACCUAGGCCGAGGCGAGGGAGUGCGCGUGCACGUGGAUGGGAAGUAUGAGCGGCGACGCGACUCACUCCGCCGUGAGCGCGCACAAGGCUUUGCAACAGUGCGAGCUGGUGCAGAACAUGAUCGACAUCAGCAUCUCCAGUUUGGAGGGCCUCAGGACCAAAUGUGCCGCCAGCAACGACUUGACGCAGAAGGAGAUGCGCACGCUCGAGGGUAAGCUGGUGAAGUACUUCAGCCGUCAGCUGUCGUGUAAGCGCAAAGUGGCCUCAGAGGAGCGCGGCGCCGAGUUGGCCGCCUUCCCUCGCCUGGGGCACUGGUUCCGCAUUGUCAACCUAAGGAAGGAGGUCAUGCAGGAUAUGAGCCCCACCGAGGUGACUCUGGAGGGCCUACUGGACAUGAGCGAGCAGCAAGUGUGCGAUCUUCUCCAAAAGUUUGGUGCCAACGGGGAAGAAUGUGCCCGUCUCAACGCCUCGCUAGCCAGCCUCAGGAGGGCACACCAGCUGGAACAACUCGAGGACGACAAGUUGCACAGUAACGAAGGUAGUCAAGCCAAGCAAGAUUGGUCCAUCGAGUGGCCCACCGCUGAGUCGAGCAAAGAAAAAACACCUGCGAGUCAGCCGGAGGCCUGCCAGCGAAGCCGCUCGCAGCCGCCCCAAAGCCCCCAAGUCCUUUCCGAUCACGCGGCACCUCUUGUGUAUGCCGAGCUCUUGACUGUGGACGGCCCUAACCUGGGACUGCCGCCCAGCUAUGACGGCGGGCGCCGCUCACUACCGCCAUCACCGCGCCAGAGACAUAUGGGCCACGUACCCCCUGGAACCCCGCCAGCAUUGGAGACCAUGACGCCGCCGGGCACACCUCCCCUUAGGCGCAGGAACAAAGUCAAGGCGCCGGGUACGCCUCCGCCUCCAGGCCGGAAGCUCAUUCACCUCCUACCAGGCUUCACCUCACUUCACCGCAGCAAAUCGCAUGAGUUCCAGCUAGGAAACCGACUGGACGACGCAAACACGCCAAAAGUCAAGAAGAAGACCAAACCCUUGAACCUUAAGAUCCACAGCAGUGUGGGAAGCUGCGAGAACUUACCCACCUACCUACCCAGCCAGCGUUCACCGUUGCACUCCGAGCGCUCCCUGAGAUCCUUCUUUUUCCCUUCCUUCGUACCCUCCACGCCACCCGUGCAUGCUGAAACGCCCUCUGCAAACACCCUGUCAGUGCCUCGCUGGUCCCCGCAGAUCCCCCGGAGAGAUCUGGGAAACUCCAUCAAACACAGAUUUUCAACCAAGUACUGGAUGUCACAGACAUGCACCGUGUGCGGGAAGGGAAUGCUGUUUGGACUCAAAUGUAAAAACUGCAAGCUGAAGUGCCACAACAAAUGCACCAAAGAAGCUCCACCCUGCCAUCUACUCAUCAUCCAGCGAGGCGGACGAGAAUCACUUAAAGCAAUUUCACCUGUGGACAACACACACUCGCAUGGAACCAACGAUGCCAGCAUGCACAAGAAUUUCUUAGCCAGUGAAAGAGACCACCAAGGAAUGACUCAAGUCGCUCGUCUGGUGCGGACCGAGUCUGUGCCGUGUGACAUCAACAACCCGCUCAGGUACAACGACCUGCACGUCAGUCAGACUCUGCCUAAAACCAACAAAAUCAACAAGGAUCACAUCCCAGUGCCGUACCAGCCAGACUCCAGCAGCAACCCUUCGUCCACCACUUCAUCCACGCCAUCCUCUCCUGCGCCGCCGCUGCCCAGCAGCGCCACGCCGCCAUCACCGCUGCACCCAUCGCCCCAGUCGGCGCGGCAACAGAAGCACUUCAACCUAACAGCGUCCAGUUAUUUCAAAUAUAAACCGCAGUUCAUAUUUCCAGACGUCACUCCGGAGGCUCCUCCCAGCAGGGCACCCCAAGUCAUCCUCCAUCCUGUUCUGUCGGGGCCAGGCAACGAAGGAAACCCUUUGCUUCAAAUUGAAGUGGAGCCAACUUCUGACAACGAGCAGGGUCACGACGAGGAGUCCGGCGAUGAGUUCGAGGAGAUGAACUUGUCGCUGCUGUCCGCCCGCAACUUCCCGCGCAAGGCCAGCCAGACCAGCAUCUUCCUGCAGGAGUGGGACAUCCCCUUUGAGCAGUUGGAGAUCGGAGAGAUGAUCGGCAAAGGCCGCUUCGGCAAAGUUUUUCACGGCCGCUGGCACGGCGAGGUGGCCAUCCGCCUCAUCGACAUCGAACGGGACAACGAGGAUCAGCUCAAGGCCUUCAAGCGUGAGGUGAUGGCCUACCGCAACACGCGCCACGAGAACGUGGUCCUCUUCAUGGGCGCCUGUAUGAGUCCGCCACACCUGGCCAUUAUUACCAGCCUGUGCAAAGGCAGAACACUUUACUCAGUGGUGCGAGACGUCAAGGUCGUCCUGGAUGUCAACAAGACACGACAAAUCGCACAAGAGAUGGUCAAGGGCAUGGGCUACCUCCAUGCAAAAGGCAUCCUCCACAAGGAUAUGAAGUCCAGGAAUGUCUUUUACGACAACGGAAAAGUCGUCAUCACUGAUUUUGGACUAUUCACCAUCUCGGGGGUCCUGCAGGCUGGCUGUCGGAGAGAAGACAAGUUGAGGAUCCCGAGCGGCUGGUUGUGUCACCUUGCUCCAGAAAUCAUCCAGCAGCUCUCUCCGGAGACCGAGGAGGACAAGCUGCCGUUCUCCAAGCAGUCCGACGUCUUUGCAUUUGGCACCAUCUGGUUUGAGUUGCACGCUCGCGAGUGGCCUUACAAGAGUCAGCCCGCGGAGGUCAUCAUGUGGCAGGUGGGCAGCGGCGUCAAACCCAGCUUCGCGCAUGCCGGCAUGGGCAAGGAGAUCCUGGACAUUUUACUGCUGUGUUGGGCGUUUGAGCAGGAUGAGCGGCCGAGCUUCUCCAAGCUAGUGGAGCUUCUUGAAAAACUGCCCAAGCGCAACCGCCGCCUUUCGCAUCCGGGACACUUCUGGAAGUCGGCCGAGUACGUCAAAUGAGUUAAAUGCCGCCCUCCCCUCGCUGGCCAACAACGACACAACAAAACAACCCAUUCCUGUCCUUGAGCAGUUACACUGUUUAAAAAAAAAGUGAGUAGAACUUGAAAUUUGACAUCAGCCUAUUUCGCUUGAAGUUUUGAUGGAACCUUUGCAAAGUCAAGUAAACUCCAAACUUUAAGUAAGCUGAACUUAUCAUGUUAAGUAAGCAAUGUUUAAGCAAACUGAAUUGAUGUAGUUUCACUACAUACCUGUAUACAGUAUAUGGCGGAAAACACAGACAAGACUGAAAAAGCAGUUUCUGCUCUCUCCCACUCCUCUUUAAAAGAAACUGCUGUAUUUUAAGUAGGCCUGAACGAUAUUGGAAAAAACUAUUGCUGCGAUUUUUUGGGGGGUUGCAAUAUAUUGCGAUAUUAUAUUGCGAUAUUAAAAAAAAAAAUAUAUAUAUAUAUAUAUUUUUUUUUAAAUAAUAUAUAUAUAUAUAUAUAUUUUUUUUUUGCAUUGGAAAAAGAUACAUAUUAUACAUAUAUUAGACAUGUUUUUUCAAAAUGUUCCCCCUAAAAUAUGCUUUAAAAAAUGUAUAUGGCCAACUUUAAAAAAUGAUUCACUUGCAUAUUUUAAAUUUUUAAACAAAUUACGUCACAAUGAAAAAUAUGGCGUCUGUAAAAAAGUCACGGAUAUCUACCUCAUAACUUUCGCUAAAUUGUAUUUUUUUGUUACUGUCGCAUUUUCCCUGCUAUGUUAGAUGAUAAAUACCUUAUCCGAAAAAAAAAGAAAAGUUGGGGGGAAAAAAAACGUUUAAAAGGGUAAAUAUAUGAAAAAGAAAAUCUCGACCACUCCUUGAUGUCUGCGAUUUCUGCAUUGCGACCCCUGUUAUAGUACCAUGUUUCACCCAUAAAAUAAAAUGAAAUAAUCCAGCUGCGGCCAGUCACAGCUGUGUCUUGACGCUCAGUGAUACAUGCGACAUGGAGUUUUUGGAUCGAAACAAGAUAAGUACGCGAUAAUAUCUUGUUAAAGUCAUGGUGUCUGUAAUUCUGCUCUCGCAUGCUCUCACCUCCAGCUAGGGUUUUGCUGUUUAAAAAACAUUUUUUUUUUUUUUUAAAUGUCCUCCUGUUAAAAAUGUUUCUUCCCCCAGAAAGUUGAGAUUUUAAGCUUUCCAAUCAUGUACCACGUGCAGAUCAUCGAAUCAUUUUUAAACAAGAAUAAUGUACUGUAGUAGAAAAAUGCUUUGCUUUAUUUAAUGCUUCUGUUUAUCUACCUUGGCUGCAGAAUCACUUCUAGUGUUUAUUUCCAGGACACAACACAACAGGUGUACCAAGCAUACCCAUUCGUCAGAACACCGGCUGUCCCCAACGUUUCCACGCACACACAUUCAUUCCAGCGCACGCUUCCUUCAUGCAACACGUGCUUAACAAGUUAAACGACGACUGAAAGAUGCGGUGUGAUUGAAGUUCGCCUCUGUGGCAAGAUUAAACACAACCAUCGUUAACUUUAAUAAGCAAGUGCGCAGAGGAACAGAGACCUAGGAGAGGAAGGGAGGGGGAGAGGGAGGUUGUGUGAGUGUCACUAAAGCGAUCAGCUCAGGACAGAGAAAGCAUGGAGCAACAUACAUUUGUGGAUUAAAAAAAAUAAAACUAUCGCACGUCCUUGCGAUGGGACUAUUGCACAUGUGCACAUCGCGAUGGCGAUGUUUAAACGAUAUAUCGUUCAGGCCUAAUUUUAAGCCAAAACAACUGUUGUGUUUGAUAGAACAAUAGCUCUAUAUGCUGCAAUAGCAGAUUCAUCGCUCAUUAAGCCCCCGAACUGUAUUCCAUUUGUCCGUCUUACCCUGGAAACCCCCGUUUACAGACGUUACGCAACUGUUUUUGUUUCAACCCAGCCAUAAAAAGAAGGUAAUUAAUGAUAUUUAUUAUUCAAAAUGUAUGUCAUUUUUGGUUUAGAAACAUUAAUUGAUGUCUAAUAUUUUGUUUAAAAAAAAAACAACAACUUAAAAAAAUUAUUCACUCGCAUAUUCUAAACUUUUAAACAAAUUACGUCACAAUGAAAAAAAUGGUGUCUGUAAAAAAGUCACAGAUAUCUACCUCUACCUAAAGUGGCUAGGACUUCUUGCCGGAACUCCCCGACAUGAAGGUCGCCACGGAGCCAGAAAUUUUAUCUUCUUCUUUUUUUUUUUUUUUUUUUAACUACUUCUACUUCUUUUAAACUACUGAAAUGCAGAAAAAAAUGUUUUGGCACAGUUAUUUCUAUAACAUACAAAAACUGAUUUUCAUUCAAAAUUGUAUUUUUUCAAUGAUUAUUUUCAUUUAAAAAAAAAAAAAAGCCCUCCUGUUCAAAAUUUUUCUUCCCCCAGAAAACUGAGAUUUUAAGCUUUACAAGGAUGCAUAUCGGACAAUUUUGAAAGUUGGCCAAAUUGGGGGUCUCAGAGCGGAGCUGAGUGUUUUCCGCCAUAUUUAAUUAAUCCAAGCAGCAUAUGAACCUGGAUCUCCUCGUUGGCUAUGUUUACAUGGAUACGUUCAUUGGGAUUAAAAGCCUGAAAAUGCUUCAUGUACACCCCACAUUUAGAAUAUUUUAACCUGAUCCAUAUAGACGUAGAUUUGUGUUUUUAUUAUUCAAUCCAAAAAAAAAAAAAAAAAACCCAAAAACUUGCUUUAAUCAAAAUAUGUAUUUUCUAUCAAAAACAAGUCCAAAACAAUGUGUUUGAAUGCAAAAACAUAUUUGAGACUAAAACAAAAGCAUCUGAAAACUAUUUUUCUUUGAUUUUUUUUAUUUUUUAUUUUUUUAUUGAAACAACUUUUUUUGAUUGAUGUUUUGAGUUUGGGCCACAUUUUAAAAACAAUCACUUCAAUCAAAAAAAUAAAUCGAAUCGUCGACUAAAACGAGACAAAUUUGUCUGAGAUUUCGUCGACUAAAAUUAGAAGGGUUGCCGAACACAACAAUGUAUAAAGGGAAUGUUGUCCAUGUAAAUGUAGUGCAAUGUGUAGACAAGUAAGCUAAACAUUCUAUCUGACCAUGUUAUUCGGACAAUUUAACAUUGAAAUUAGCACAACUUAAAAUUUCAAAUUCAGACUUCUUUUCAAGUUCUGCUUACUCUAAUUUAAAUUUUGCCACAAAACUUGAUCUUUAAAGCGCAACUCUUUUGUUUUUCUUUUUUUUCCCCAAGUUAACUUGAUGAAUUACGAAUACUGAAGUUACUGAAGCAAACUUUCGUAUUUGAGUUGUGUUUGACUUCAAAUCUCAAAUUGGCAUCAUGAAUGGGAAGGUUUUUUACAAUGUUGUUUGGGUUGGGGGGAUUGGGAUGAAUGUAACUGUUGUACAGUUCAGUGCGUGCCCGGCAUCCAUUUUCUCCACUCGAUCAUUGAAAAGCUUUAAAUGGCCGCUUUUUUGCUUCUCUCUAGUUUUUUUUUUUUUUGUGCCGUACCUAAAGUGAAUGUCAACAACUCCCUACGCCGACUUUGAAAUGUCAUUGCCACACAACUGAUACGAUGAAUGCGUUUUUUUUUUUUAAUUCAUCAUAAUUUUCAGAUAGAAAAUUCCGAAUUUUAAUUAAGUCAACACCUCGGAACAUGGGUUUUGAACUAGUUUCGCCUAACUUGGCACGCCACAUUGAUUGUUGCAUAUAUUCGCUAUGGGAAGGGUGUCAAACUCAUUUUGGUUCGCGGGCCACAUAUAUGCCAAUUAGAUCUCAUGUAGGCCAGACUAGUUUAUUUUGGGCCAAAUAAGUUUGUCGCUAUUCAAUGUGAGUACCGACAGGAUGUAAUUUUUUUUUUUUUUUUAACGACAGUUUAGGUAUGUGAUGUGUUUCGGUGAUUUUUUUUUUUUUUUU